AUGAUUAAAAGCAAUAGAACAAAAUUAAGAAGAAUUAAAGCUGAAUUAGAUAGAAUUGAUUAUAAUAACCCGCAAGAAUCACAAAUAAAUGAUAUGCAUCAAAAUGAUUCAAUUUCAUUGAAUUGUGAAGAUGAUGUUGCUACUAAUACUAUAAAUGCUGCUUAUGACUCCACUAGUAUUUUUUUUGAUGUUAAAUCACCUACUUUAGUUAUUGACACUGAAUCAAACAACCCAUUUCAAGGUAUAGACUGCAGUGAUGAAGAUGAUCAAUUACUUUCUGUAGAAACAGAGCCUAAUAUUAAUGAAAUGCUUGCAGACUGGGCAGUUAGUUGUAAAAUACCAUUUAACAGUAUGAAUCAACUGUUAUCAAUUUUAAAAAAACAUAAAUGUUUUUCUAAAUUACCUAAAGACAGCCGAACUUUAUUAGCUACACCCCAGUCACCAAAUUUAAAAUAUAUUCCUAAUGUCGACCCUGGAAUAUAUCAUCACUUUGGUUUGGCUAAUGGUAUAGUUCAGUGUUUACAAGACAGUUUGGUAAAUGAUUCGGUUAUUCAAAUCGCAAUAGGCAUUGAUGGAUUGCCAUUAACAAAGUCUAGUAAUAGCCAACUGUGGCCUAUUUUGGCAUUUAUUAUGAACACUGACAACUCAAAACAAACAGUUUUUCCUGUAGGUAUUUAUCAUGGAAAUUCCAAACCUAAAGACAGUGAUGAUUUUAUAUAUGAUUUUGUUAUGGAAGCACGUGAAUUAUCUGAUAAUGGAAUUAUUAUUAACAACUUAAAAAUGUUUGUUUCUAUUAAAGUAAUUUGUUGUGAUGUCCCUGCUCGCUGUUUUGUGUUGAAGACAAAAUAUCACUCUGGUUUUAAUUCAUGUUCACGAUGCAUUAUUGAAGGGGAAUACAUAAAUAAUCGUGUUUGUUUCCCAUAUUCAAAUAUAUAUUCUGCUCCAAGAACUGAUGAAGACUAUCGAAAUUGCAAAAAUGAAGAAUAUCAUAAUUCACCAAAUCCUUCAAUAAUUACCAAUUUACCUAAUUUUGAUAUUACAAAAUCUUUUAUUUUAGAUUAUAUGCACCUCACAAAUUUAGGGGUAAUGCGUAAGCUAUUGUCUUUUUGGGUUCUCAAAGGGCCUUCAAAUGUUCGACUUUCUGGGAAAAAAAUAUCUGAGUUAACUGAAUUAUUACUAAAACUGAGACCGUUUGUUACUUCAGAAUUUUGUAGAAAACCUAGAGAAGUUCAAGAUAUUCUUCGAUGGAAGUCUACAGAAUUUCGAUUAUUUCUAAUUUAUAUUGGACCAUUUGUACUCAAAGAUAUUAUAACUGAUGAUUGUUAUAGUAAUUUCAUGUGUUUAAAUGUGGCCAUGGUCAUUCUUUUGAGUCCAGAUCAUCAAAAUUUAUCCUCUUAUGCUCAAACACUUUUGGAGUACUUUGUGGAAACAUUUCAAAAUAUUUAUGGGACUCAUAACGUGUCACACAAUGUUCAUAGUCUAUUACACAUAACAUCUGAUUAUGAGCGUUAUGGACCAUUGGAUAAAUGUAGUUGCUACCCAUUUGAGAACUAUAUGAAAGAAAUUAAGUCAAUGUUGAGGAAGCAUGAAAAACCAUUGCAACAGUUAAUUAACCGUUAUAGCGAACAAAAAUAUACUAAAAUUCAUCACUCCUCUAAUGCUCUAAAAACUUGUAAAAGUUAUACUUUAAAAAAAAUUCAUAAAAAUGGUCCACUGCCAGAUUUUGCAACUAUUACUGGAUAUCAAUAUUCAUGUCUAAUUUUUAAUAAUUUUAAAAUUAAUAUUAAUUGCAAAAGAGAUCAAUUUAUUUUAACAAACUGUAAUCAUAUUGUAAAAUGCUUUAAUAUUAUGGAAACAUGUGUAAAUGGGGAAAAAGGAACAUUUAUCCUAGGAAAACAUUUUAUGAACAAGUCACCGGCAUAUAUAAAACCUAUGGAUUCAACUAUUUUAGAUAUUUAUUUGGUUGAUAAUAUAUCAACUUACUUUCAGCUAUGGAAUGUUGAUAAAAUAAGUAAAAAAAUUAUGAUACUGCCUUUUAAAGAUAGAUAUGUGGCAUUACCUAUCUUACAUUCUGAAAUCUAUAAAACUGUAUUAUAA